GCUUGUCCGCGGCGGGGGUCUUGGAUCUCGCCGCCUUUCAGCCUCCGCAGCGGCUCAGAUGCACCUGAUGAGAGACACAGGACGGUUCUGGAGGCGUGUUGACAGCUCUCAGUUGGCAGGUGGUGACUGCCUUAUGAGAUCUGGAUGCUGGUUCAUCUCAUUCCUGAUCAAAGGGGACACCAAAGGUGUGGAGUUCUUCACUGGGCCAGUGUAUGGCAGCAAGUGAGAAUGCACCGGCAGGUUCAAGUGGAGAAAAAGAGUUACCGGUGAGCCCAUCCUGAGAUGAGCAUUUUUUAUUUUGAUAUAGAUCUGACCUUCCAGAGGCAGAGUGGCUUUGGCCGUGGUGCAAACCAGCCCAGGAACCAGAUGAGCAGAGACAUCUGCGUCCACACCUGGCCGUGCUCCUACUAUUUAGAACUUGAGAAGCGAUGGGUCCCUGGAAAACUUUCAUUAACUUCUCUCUCACUGAAAUUUACAACUGAUAAAACUGGAGAAAUUCUUGUCAACUUUCCCCUUUCUAGUAUAAUUGAGAUCAAGAAAGAGACUUCUCAUUUUAUCUUCAGUUCUGUCACCAUCCUGGAAAAGGACCACAUCAAGCACUGGUUCAGUUCCUUGCAGCCUAAUCGGAAUGUCGUUUUCAACAUCAUCGAACAUUUCUGGAGAGAGUUGCUGUUGUCUCAGCCAGGAACUGCUCUUGAGGAGUCAUCCUCCCCCAUGACCAGGGGGAAGGAGCUGACUGAGCUGAUGGCGUGUUCCCAGAAGCGUCUAGAGGAUACAGCCAGAGUCCUUCACCAUCAGGGGGAGCAGCUUGACAGCAUCGCGAGAGGCCUGGACAAGAUGGAAUCUGACCUGGAUAUGGCUGACAGGCUGCUGACAGAGCUGGAAUCUCCUUCUUGGUGGCCCUUUGGCUCCAAGCUUUGGAAGAUGCCGUCAGAAGCAAAGCCCAGGGGAGGCGCCUCAGUGGCUACUUCUAAAGCUUUGGGGAAAGAAGGGAUAGUGGUCAGCAUUCCUGCUGUUAUUUCCCAAAGAACAGAAUCGCAUGUUAAACCAGGAAGGCUCACUGUCCUUGUUUCUGGGUUGGAAAUCCAUGACUCAGAUUCUUCGCUCAUGCACAGAUUUGAAAGAGAAGAUGUGGAUGACAUUAAGGUUCACACGCCUUAUGAAAUUAGCAUCCGCCAGCGGUUUAUUGGGAAGCCAGACAUAGCUUAUCGUUUGAUAUCUGCCAAGAUGCCAGAGGUCAUCCCCAUUUUGGAAGUGCAGUUCAGCAAGAAGAUGGAGUUGUUAGAAGACACCUUGACGCUUGGGCGCGCUAGAACCUCUUUCCCAGCAGAGAAGGGCUACUCAGUCUGGCAUGCAGCGUCUGGGCUGAUGGACCGCACGGUGCCCCGAGAGCCUUCCUCAGGAAGCCAGGAAAGCAGGCCGCUUCAGCUGCAGACGAGUGAGACGUUCAUUUCUGAGGGGGACGCCCAGGAACUGAGACAGAUCCUGAGGAAGCUGAAGGGUCUUGCCUUGGAUGCCGAGACGGAGCUGGAGAGACAGGACGAGGCCCUGGACGGCAUCGCCACGGCCGUGGACCGGACAACGUUAACCAUCAACAAGCAUAAUCGACGAAUGAAAAAACUGACCUAGCUGGACAAGAGAGUCCAGAAGCACCUGCUCUUGACCAGCGUCUCUUCCCUCAGCACCUUUUCUCAGCCUCGCAUGCUUCUUCGAGAUGCAGACCCCAGGAGGUCGCUCGGAGGCCACCUGGGAGGCGCACAGCUGCCUCUGGAGGAAGGUCUGCU